AUGGGGCUUUUGCAACUGAGUGCAGCUCCAUCUUCAUCUUUUUCCAUACACGCUUUUAUUCUUCUUUGGUGCCUGGGCAUAUUUGUCACCUCAGUGGUCAGCGGGAAUAAUGAGACGGACCGUUUGGCAUUGCUUGAGUUCAAAGCCAAGAUAAUCCAUGAUCCUCUUAGGGUUAUGAGCUCUUGGAAUGAUAGCAUCCACUUUUGUCAAUGGCAAGGGGUUACAUGUGGCCGCCGACACCAAAGGGUUACCGUAUUGAACUUGCGAUCUCUAAAACUGGUAGGCUCUAUAUCUCCAUAUGUUGGGAAUUUAAGUUUUUUAAGGAAUCUAAGCCUACAAAACAACACACUUCAUAAAGAAAUCCCUCCAGAAAUUGGUCAUUUGACUAGAUUGCUAGUCUUAGAACUGUACAAUAACACAAUACAGGGGGAAAUUCCAAGCAAUUUAUCUGGUUACAACAACCUUGUCGCCCUUCGUGUUAGUCGUAACCAAUUGGUAGGAGAAAUUCCUACUACGCUUACCUCCUUGACAAAGCUCCAAUUCUUUACUAUUCAUAGGAAUAACCUUACAGGAACUGUCUCACCUUUUUUCGGGAACUUAUCAUUUUUAAAAAUAUUUUCUGCAACUUUUAAUAAUUUGGGUGGGAGUAUCCCUAAUUCUUUUGGUCAAUUGAUGAAACUUUCAAUUAUUGAUGCGGAGUGUAAUACGUUUUCUGGAACCAUUCCUCGCUCAAUGUACAAUCUCUCUUCUUUAUGGGUUUUUGCUGUAGGUGGAAAUCAAAUCCAAGGGUCUCUUCCAUUCGACAUUGGUAUCACUCUACCAAAUAUUGAAGAAUUUAUCUUUUCUGAGAACCAAUUUACUGGAUCCAUCCCUGUUUCAAUAUCUAAUGCCACAAAUCUAGAUACAUUUGAAAUGGCUAGUAAUAAACUAAGUGGAAAAGUUCCUUCUUUGGAGAAGCUAAAUAGAUUGACAUUUUUAAGCCUUUCCGUCAACCAUCUUGGAAGUGGAGAAACAGAAGACUUGAGUUUUCUCUGUUCUUUGACAAAUACUACUUAUCUCACCUUUUUGGAAAUAAAUCUCAACAACUUUGGGGGGAAGUUGCCUAAAUGCCUUGGCAACUUCUCAACUACUCUUUCCGAUUUUUAUCUAGAUGAUAAUAAAAUAUCAGAAAACAUUCCUGCUGAGAUAGGAAAUCUGAUCAACUUGGAGGACUUGCGGAUUGGGAACAAUAAAUUAUCAGGUAAUAUUCCCUUUGAAAUUGGAAUUCUUCAUAAGUUAGUAUAUUUAGAUUUAUCCCAAAACAAAUUUUCUGGAAACAUUCCAUCCUCCCUUGGAAAUUUAACAGCUUUGACAAUUUUGAAUUUAGGAAAUAAUAACCUUCAAGGCAGCAUCCCUUUAAGUCUAGGUCAGUGCCAAAAUUUGCUAAGGUUGUACCUUAAUAAUAGUGGUACCAUAGCCUCAGAAGUUAUUGUUCACUUAGUCUCCCUAAUUAUUCUAGACUUGAAAGCCAACCAAUUGACAGGUGUCCUUCCCAUAGAAGUAGGAAAUUUAAAAAAUUAG